AUGACACAGUCCAUCUCAGAACCAGAGCCUCCGCCGGAGCAUCCACCACCCGACUACCACAGUAUACCACAGCGCCGACCUCCAAUCGAGUGUAUACGAACAUCAGCAGCCCCUGAGCCACCGAGCCGCUCGUCUCAAGCGUUUAAAGUCAACGGGACGAUCUAUGUAGCGGCCCAAAUAGCAUCUGGGCCCCGCGUGGGCUUUUUCAUUGGGCCGCCUGCCGUUACUGCCGAGCGGAUUUUCUUGAAUAUAGAGGCGAUCCUCAAAGCGGCGGGUUCCUCGCUUGACAGGAUUGUCAAGACUACGGUGUACCUCACGGAAGGCGCUCAAGGAGUGCCAGAGUUUGAGGCCUUGUACCAAAGGAAACUUCCUUUUGCACCCCCGCGAACUACGGUGCUGGUCUCCAAGAUGAAUACACCGGAUAUUCAGAUGGAGGUCAUAGCUGUGGAGUAG